UUUCUCAGCAAGUAGAGUUCUCCAAUCUGAUAAUUCUGACGUCUCAGAGUUCAUGACCCUGCAGGAUCCCUUAACCAGAUGGUGGAAAAGAUUUUGGUCUUGGCUUGGCAACAGUAGUACUUAUAAAGAAGUACAAGUGAAUGACUACCCUUCUGAGGAUGAGUAUGAUGCCAAGAAUACUGAAGACGAAAUGAAAUACUACAUGAACUAUUCUUCAAGCGACACCUCCAUUCCUCCUGCAGAGAUCCCGGACUUUAGAGAUUUUGCCCAGGAUGGGACACCUUUCCCUUGCAAUGACUCAUCAGCCAACAACCGGACCUGGACAGCCGUAUCCUGGAUCCCACAAAAUAUAACAAAAGGAGCACUGAGUAUGAAAAUAUGGCAAGCUGCUCCUUACAGACUGCGAGUGUCUCCUGACACUAUCUCCUUACUGCUGCCUUCUGUAACCUCCAGAGAUGCUGGAAACUACUCCUGCUACUGGAAGAACCAAAGCCAGACUUUUUGGCUGGAGGUGUCAGCACAGUCAAGAACAGCUCAUGCUGUUUCACUGUAUUUUAGAAAACAGCACUGGAUAAUCUGGAUUGUGGCCCUAGGAUAUGUGGCUAUCUGCCUUGGCUUCCUCUUCGGCUUCCUGCAGUUUCAGCGUGCCUUUCGUGCACGUAGGCAGAAUAUGAAGCUGAGGUCACCAGCUGCCAGUGCCAUGGGAUCUCUCAAGGGGAGCUUGUGGCAAAUUCACAACUUGGUGCCUUUAAUUUUACAUGGUUCUUUGGUUUCCAGAAAGUUUGUCCAUGCCCAACGGAACAGGGCACCAGCCUCUGGUGAGACUCUGAUGCCCUCGGCAAAUGGAAAUGGCAAGGAACAAGUAGAUGCCUUCUCCUAUGAGAAUGUAUUGCCCAAUGUGAGUCCGAAGAGUGGCCACCGGUCUCUACAGAAAGGGAACACCCUGCCUACUGCCACCAAGGUGGAAGAAGAUGAUGAUGAAGAGUAUGAGUGUCCGGACAGUGAGACAGAACAGAAAUCAGAUGAUGGGGACAACUAUGAGAAUACUCAGGAAGAAGUGAAACAGGAAGACGCGGUUUUAAACGAUGGUUCCUCUUAUGAGAACAGCAAAAAAGAGAGCUGUGCCUCAGCUGACUCUUGGUAUUCAAACAAUUCUCAGAAGGGCCAUCAAGAUCCAGCCCAGGAUCCAAUUUCUGAAGGUGGUGACAACUAUGAAAAUGUGGAAGAGGAGAGCUCUCUGAGCCCUGGUGCUGCAAGACUUAUAGCAGGUUUGCGCUUGCAGCUGGCUCUGGACCCCCAAGUGGACAAGCAGGAUGGGGGCAGUGAAACCUCAACAGGCUCCCAGACCUAUGAAGAGAUGAAUGGAACCUUGAGCCCCACGCCCAGCAAAGGUUUCCAUACAAGCAAUGAAGAGGAUGCUGAUUCCUACGAAAACAUGGAGAGCCCCAACUCCUUCAGUUUACCAAAGGAAAGCAGCCUGGAUUUACAAGGGGAAGGAGCUGCCUUUGGUUCUGUGCGGCAAAAUCUUUCCAUUUCUUUUGGGGCUGAUCUCUAAGGUAGUGCUUAGUCUACAACAAGCCAAGGCAGAGAGCCCAGAUGGGGAGCUGGGUGGUCUACAAUUCCUCUUUUCUCUCAGGCUAAAGUGAUGUCACCGACUUUGGGAAAAGGCACUCUGCUCUUUGCAACAUCUUGGCACCCUGGAUCCUCCUGGAGCAGAGGGGUAGGAAAGUAAUUUGAUAAUGAUGGGAGAUUGAACUCCAGCAUGGUUUGAUCCUCAGCAUGGAAAGCAGCAUGGAGUCUUCCAUUCCUGAGUGGGAGGCAGGAGGGACUGACUUGGAGACAGUUUUGACAAAGCUGAAAGUAAUCAGAGAGGCGGGGCUUCCAAUUGUAUAUGUACAGACAUUUCCUUUGUCCUCCUGUCACAGCUGGCUAAAGUUUCUUACAGCAAGAAAGAAACAUGUUUAUCGAUAUGUCUUGAGUAGUGACAUAUCGAUAUGUAGUUUAUCGAUAUGUCUUGAGUCACCUGAGUAGUGAGCCUGUCUGUUGUAGAUUCGUAUCCAUUCCUUUUUGGCCAGAUGUACUACUACCUCAGGGAAUGCACCUAAAGAGCAAUCAGUUCUUUCAUGCUUCAGCAUAAAUUAACUGUUCAGGAUUCCAGUUGUUUGGCCCAGGUGACAAUCACAAAACUGCCUCCCUCCUUCCCACUUGUCAAGUUGGUUUAUAGCUGUGUUGGUCCAAAUGCAAGCCCAAAAGCCAGAAAUAUCAUCCACACAGAACACCUUUGUUAGAUUCAGUUCAGUGCCACAUCACAGUAUGCAAGCUAUGAAGUUCCCUAGAACUCAGGGAGUCACUCCUAGUAGACAAUACUGACCUUGAUUGGCCAAUGACUGAUUAACUCCAGUACCCUGUGUUCCUUGUUAACUGAUUCAAUAGAAGGCAGCUUCAUGUGUGGGCUUAUAAAUAAUUAAUGGGCCUUUUAAAAAGAAGGUCAUCCGGUCAAUAUUUAACCUCAUGAAUUUGCUAGGUGCCUAAAUAUUUUUUUAAAGCUGCAUGCAGCCUGGGGUUGGUGGAUGAUGAAAAAGAGGACAUCUGCGCAAAAGCUGCAGGCAGAUCGGUCAUGAGGAAAGGCCGGAGGCAGAAGCAGAGCAGAAAAGGCUGCAUCAGUACAUGUAGAUAGGGGUGUGUACAGAAGCAGCUAUCAAAACCUACAGUGGGAUGAGUGUGCACAGAUCUACAGCAAUCUCUUUUUCAAACUGCCUUCAGCUCUCUGGAAAAAAUGCAUAUUGUCUGUCUUUGUUGAUGGAUUUCUCUGUGGGAUGUGGCUUUUGUAUACAUAUUCAUACUGAGGGUAAGUUGCCAUGGAGUUCUGCCCUGACUUUAUUUCCCCUGCUGCGGCCUGCUUUGAAAGGCUCACAUGUCUUGUACAAUAAAAAAAUGUUCUAUUUAA